CCUUACUGUCAACAAUCAAUCGUAGUGGCACUUGAAAAAUUUGCAUUAAUCUAUCCUUAAUGAAAGAAUUCAAAAAUAAAAAUGUGAUCACAACGUCUUUCAUACUCCUACGAGCUUACAAUUUUCAUAUAAAUUUUUUUUGAAAAAUAUUUAAAAAUGUAAAAAAUGUACAGAUAUCAAGCCUAUGUUUUAUUAAAAAAUUUUAAUAAAAAUAAAAUUAAAGAAGACAAGAAUGGAUUCGCCCUUAAAACAUAACACUAAUGUACUAAUGUACUAAUUAUUGUCAAAACAAUCAUAUUGUGUUUUUUAGAUAAAUAUUAUAAUAUUAAAAUAAAAAUAUAUUUUUUGUUUAAAUUUAAGAUCGUCAAAUUUUUUUUAAGCAGAUUAAAUUAUAUAUAAGCAAAAUUAUUAAGCAAGAAUAUAUGUAAUUCCUCGCUUACAUUUGAAACACAUAAAUGAUUGUUAAAUAGAAAGUUUCAAUUUAAUAUUGUUUUUCUGUAUACGAGAAAUAUAACUUUGCCGCAGCCAUCUACCGGCGGUCGCGCGUACUACGCGUGGGCGAUUUUACGUUACGUCGCAGCGACGACGUCUGAAAGAAGUGCUAUAUUUUGUGCGACUUUGAGACCAAAAUAGCACUGUUACGAUGUGUGCUAACUAUAAUUAUUAAUUGAAGCUAUUGAAGACGAUUGAUCUUAUGUAAGCCUCCCCUCUCUCGAUAUGUCUCUCUCAAUACAGUUUCAUAUUAAAAUACCCUGAAUAUUCCCGAACGGAGAGUACGCGGCUCUCUCUCACAGCAGCUUGAACCUUUCCAUUGCAGAAGCCACAUGAGAAAAUCAUAUCCGCUUACUCUUCGUUCGAGAACAUUUGUAUAUGAGCACUGCUUCUUCAAAAAUAUCUGGCCAUUUUACACUUCUAUAAUGCAUAACAAAUAUCUAUCAUUAUCUAAAUAUUUCAUUGUCAAGAAAUAAAUUGUAGAAAUUUGGAUAAGUAAUUUUAGAAAUAAUAUGUACAUUUAAGUGUUGUACGUUUAAUUAGACAAAGAAAAUAAUCGUAAAAUGAUUGUGUGUUCUUUGAUAGUGAGGUUCACGUGAGAUUAGAUCACGUCAGAGAUUAUAAACGGCAGAUUUGUGAUAAACACCAUGGCUACAUUAACUGCAGCGGAUUAUGCAGUGAUUGGUGUAGUAAUGCUGAUCAGUUCCGGCAUCGGUGUAUAUUAUUGGCUCGUCGGUGGCCGACAGAAGUCGACUGAGGAAUACUUCAUAGCGAACAAGUCGAUGCGAAUGAUACCAGUAGCGAUAGGUUUGAUGGUUUCAUAUUUAUCAGCAGUCAGUCUACUCGGAGUGAGUUCCGAAAAUUACGUGUACGGCACACAGUACGCAGUGAUCAACAUCUCUUAUGGACUCGCCACGCCGUUUGCAGCCUAUUUUUAUCUACCGGUAUUUUUUAAGCUGGGCACUAUGAGCACUUUCGAGUAUCUGCAGAAGCGUUUCGGCACGACUACCCGAUUAAUAGCCAGUUUUGCCUUUUUGCUCCAAUUGCUUCUGUACAGCGGCGUGGUGUUGUAUGCACCUGCGUUGGCCUUAGAAGCUACCACGGGUAUUUCGACGACCGCAAGCGUGAUUGGUUUAGGACUCAUCUGCACCUUCUACUCGACGAUCGGUGGUAUCAAGGCGGUACUUAUCACCGACGUUUUCCAGAGUCUAUUAAUGCUGGCUGCCGUUAUCACAAUCAUCGCCACCGCGGCUGUUGACACUGGUAGUCUAGACCGAAUUUGGCAAAUCGCCGAAGAGGGAUCCCGGGUGGAAUUCGAUAACAUCUCUCCGGAUCCAACUGUACGACAUACUUGGUGGAGUUUGACACUUGGUGGUUUCUUUACUUACCUUUCCUUGUACAGCGUUAAUCAAGUUCAGGUUCAAAGAAUGCUGACUGUCAGCAAUCUAGCAGCCGCUCAGGGCUCGUUGUGGUGGAGCUGGCCGAUGGCAUCGAUCAUGUCGCUUACUCUGUGCUUCUCUGGACUAGCGAUGUAUGCGAAAUAUCGUGGCUGUGAUCCACUCAAAGAAGGCAGAAUCAGUUCAAAUGAUCAACUGAUGCCGUUGUACGUGAUGGACAUGCUGUCGGAUUAUCCAGGUGUGCCUGGGCUUUUCAUAGCCGGAAUUUUCAGUGCCGGACUUAGCACCAUCUCGGCCACGGUUAAUUCCCUCUCCGCUGUUAUUCUUGAAGAUUAUAUCAAGCCUCUCUGGCAUGUAAGAAACAAGGAAUUAUCUGCUACGGCGUCAAUAAUCAUUAGCAAAAUUUUGGCUCUUGUAGUUGGACUAUCUUGUGUAGCAGUCGCUUUUCUGGCACAAUAUUUGGGCGGAUUGUUGCAGGCGGCUCUGACGAUCUUUGGCGUCGUAGGCGGACCUAUGUUGGGUUUAUACACGCUCGGCAUGUUUCUCCCAUCGUGCAACCAAAGGGGCGCGAUCACGGGCUUCAUUCUUAGCCUCAUGUUUUCUUUGUGGAUAGGAUUCGGACAGCCGAAACCACCGAUUCCGCGGCUAAAUGUCUCAACAGAUGGUUGUAGCCUCAACGAUACUAUUAUGGAUCGCCAGAGCGCAGAAGGGAAGUCGUUAAUUUACACAAAUUUACACUACCAAGCCAAAAUGGAGGAAGAUAAGUCCUAUUUCUAUCUUUAUCGCAUAUCGUACAUGUGGUACUGUCCACUAGGUUUUCUCAUAGCGCUGAUCGCAGGAUGUGUCGUCAGCUGGAUCACAGGUUGGAUUUUUAAGGAAGAGCAGAUCGAAAUAGACUCUGCUUUGCUGAGUCCAAUCGUAGCGAAACGAAUAGAAAAAAGACGAGAAGCGGAUAAGCAUCACAAUACGAUAACAUUCAAUAAAAGUUGAGGAGUUACUAGCUAGUUUUUAUAAAAUAAGAAAAAAAAAGAAAUUUAAAUACUGCGUUACUGUUUAUAAAAGCGUAUUGAGUAUAUCACACAAGCAAAAUAAUUUCAGGGAAAAUAUUUACGUGCUGAUGUGUAAAUAUAUAAAAUUAAUAUGCGCAAUAAAAAUAUAUUUGUAUACUCUGCAA